AUGGGAUGCUGGAUUUUGAAUGAAAAACUCUCGGUGCUGUUAUUACUGGUGUGGCUGGCACUGAAUUUCUAUUUGUUUAUUGAUACCUUCCACUGGUAUGAAGAUGAAGAUGCUUACAUUUAUACACGGAUUAUGCUGGGAUCAACCUUGGCUUGGGCAAGAGCUUCUGCAACGUGCCUUAAUUUUAACUGCAUGCUAAUCCUGUUACCGGUCAGUAGAAACCUUAUUUCAUUCUUAAGAGGAGCAAGCAUUUGCUGUGGAGGAGCUUUGAGGAGACAGCUUGACAAAAACAUCGCAUUUCACAAGAUGGUUGCCUAUGGAAUAGCUAUAAAUGCAACCAUCCAUAUUGUUGCCCACUUGAUCAACAUUGAGCGGUAUCAUACCAGCCAGUCUAAGGAAGCUGGAGAGUUACGGAAUAAACUUUCUGGCCUUGGCAAGAGUCCAAAUGAAAGCUAUUUGAACCCAAUCAGGACCUAUGAAACAAACACAACAGGAGAGGUAUUAACCACCAUAGCUGGAAUAACUGGAGUUGUGAUAACUGUGGCUUUAAUUCUGAUGAUGACUUCAUCCACUGAGCUCAUCAGAAGGUCAUGCUAUGAGGUGUUCUGGUAUACCCAUCACCUUUUUGUGGUUUUCUUCAUUGGUUUACUCAUCCAUGGUAUGGGUCAACUUGUUCGAGGUCAGACACCUCAGAGUCUGCUGCUCCACAAUGUCACUUACUGUAAAGAUCACUACCUGGAAUGGGAGAACGCCACCCAGUGCCCUCUGCCGCAGUUUUCUGGCAACAAACCCGUGGCUUGGAAGUGGGUUUUAAGUCCUAUGGUGGUGUACAUCUGUGAAAGAAUUGUCCGAUUUUGGAGAUUUCCGCAGGAGGUGGUCAUUACUAAGGUGGUGAUGUAUUCCUCUGGAGUCCUUGAGCUUCACAUGAAGAAAUGUGGCUUUAAAAUGGGACCUGGUCAAUAUAUCUUUCUACAGUGCCCAUCUGUCUCAUGGCUGGAGUGGCACCCUUUCACCCUCACCUCAGCUCCUGAGGAGGACUUCUUCAGUGUUCACAUACGGGUUGUUGGGGAUUGGACUGCAGCCCUCUUCCAGGCCUUUGGAGCACAGGAAAAAGCUUUCAAGGAAUUGUGGAUGUUACCAAGACUGGCUGGGGGUGGGCCAUAUGGGUUAGCAAACACACACGACUUCCCCUUUUUUUUAGGAAUUGGAGUCACACCAUUUGCCUCUAUUUUAAAAUCCAUUUGGUACAAAUGCUGCAACCCUAACACAGAACUGGCGCUGCAGAAGGUUUAUUUUUACUGGAUUUGUAGAGACCCAUCAGCAUUUGAGUGGUUUGCUGAUCUGCUGUUCCAUUUGGAAUCAAAAAUGGCUGAAAAAGGGAAAAAUGAUUUUCUAAGCUAUCAUAUAUUUCUUACUGGCUGGGAUGAAAGUCAGGCUACUCACAUAGCCCUACAUUAUGAUGACAAGAUGGAUGUAAUUACUGGGUUGAGACAGAAGACCUGCUAUGGAAGGCCAAACUGGGACCAUGAGUUCAAGCAACUAGCAGAAAACCAUCCUAGCAACAGUAUUGGAGUAUUCUUCUGUGGACCCAAGAAUCUCUCUAAGAUCCUUCGAAAGACAUGCAACUCGUAUUCAUCAGUUGAUCCAAGAGGAGUUCAUUUUCACUAUAACAAAGAAAGCUUCUAG